AUGGCGACGUGGGUAUACCGUUUUACAGUCUGCACCCAAUACCACCUCCGCAUAGUCGGUGGCGCCAUCACGACCAUAGAGCGGUAUCCGAUCGUGGCUCAACUCCUGCUGGACGUGUGGGGCCGACGUGAAUUCGUCCAGCAUUGCGCUGGAGUGAUUUUGACGUCGCGUCACGUUAUAUCAUGCGCCCACUGUUAUCAAUACAGCGCUGGAACGGGCCUCAACUACACUCUCCCAAAAUACUGGAAGGUUCGCGUUGGCUCAUCCUUCCGCAGCCAAGGCGGGGUACUCCACAAAAUCAAAACCAUCAUCAUACACCGAGACUUCAACAAGUAUUACUACACCAACGACAUUGCGGUACUGGUUGUCUCCAGGCCUUUUACCUUUGGGCCUGGAGUCAGACAAGGCACUAUUGCGAAACUCGGAAAUGAGAUCAGGACGAAUUCUUCGUGUACCGUUAUUGGAUGGGGAGCAACGGAGAGCACUGGAAUGCUGUCAGAACAGCUACGUUACGCCACAGUUUACACAGUUGAUCACAGACUUUGCGUCUAUCGAUACAAUAACAUUAUGGCGAAAAUUUCAGACUCCAUGCUCUGCGCUGGACAUCAAGACGUGGGCGGUAUUGACGGGUGCUUUGGAGACUCAGGAGGUCCAUUGCUGUACAAAGGAGUGGUCGUUGGAUUGGUCUCAUUUGGGUUCGCGUGCGGACAUGCGUACUAUCCAGGAGUUUAUACUAAAACAUCGAGUUACACAGAUUGGAUUCUUAAAACAAUCGCAACUUAUAAGUAAAAUAUUAGGGUUUUAAAACUAAAAUCUAAAUCAACACGACACGUAAAAUUAGCUACUACUAGCA